AUGGCUGACGGUGGAAUUAACCAUACCUCCAAGUCGAGCUUCACCUUCAAUGUCAAUGCCGCGGAAUUCACGCCCAGCGGCUCCUGGUACAACUACGACCAGCAGGAGGAGAAGGAGGUGACGGAGAAGCUAGAGGCUCUCGAUGUAAACGAAGGGGAGUCAGCGCCAGAGGAAACGGAGCCCGUAAUCGCAGAAGUGCCAGAGGAGAAGCCAGCACCACCUACCGAAGUGAAGGAGUUGUCGACUAAGAGGAAGGGGGGCUCCGGUGACUCAGGAAUACCUCCACCAGAUCCAAGGCAGCACCUCAAUAUCGUCUUCAUCGGCCAUAUCGACGCCGGGAAGUCGACGACGUGUGGUAACAUCCUAUACCUCUGCGGAUACGUGGACGAGCGCACCAUCGAGAAGUAUGAGCGUGAGGCCAAGGACAGGAACCGUGAAAGCUGGUUCCUCGCAUUCAUCAUGGACACCAACGAAGAGGAGCGCCAGAAAGGCAAAACCGUGGAGGUGGGGCAGGCCCGUAUCGAAACCGCAAACAAGAGGUUCACGAUACUGGACGCUCCUGGCCACAAGAACUACGUGCCCAACAUGAUCUCGGGCGCUACCCAGGCGGACUGCGGUGUGCUCAUCCUGUCCGCCCGUAAGGGUGAGUUCGAGACCGGGUUCGACCGUGGGGGUCAGACUCGCGAACACACGUUGCUGGCCAAGACUUUGGGGGUGAGCCACCUUAUUGUGGCGGUUAAUAAGAUGGACGACCACACCUGCGACUGGUCCGAGGCUAGGUACAAUGAAGUAGUCCAGAAGCUACGUCCUUUCCUCAAAACGUGUGGUUUUGUCGAGGGUCGUAACCUCAACUUCCUGCCGAUAUCGGGUCUCGUAGGUCAGAAUCUCAUGCACCACGUCUCAGACCCCUCCUACAAAGGAUACUGCCCUAAGGCCGCCUGGUAUCCACAGACAAUGCCGACACUCUUCCAGCUUCUUGACGGUAUAGACACGGCCGUUUUCGACGACAAGGCCGCGCUACGUAUCCCCGUCACCGGCGCCUACAGGGACAACGGUGUCAUUUGCAUGGGUAAGGUGGAAUCCGGUACCGUAACGUCAGGUCAAACGUGCAUUGUCAUGCCGCAAAAGGUCAAGGUGAAGGUGCAAAAUGUACUGUUCGAUGAGGAGGAGUUCGCCUACGCGAAACCCGGUGAAAACAUCAGGCUGCGCAUCGUGGGACUUGAUGAGGACCAGAUCAGCAAGGGAGCCAUCAUCUGUGACGUCGACAGGCCGUGCCCCGUGGUCACCGAGUUCAUUGCCAUGGUACAGGUCAUCGACCUGCUCGAGCACAGGCCGCUCAUCACCUCGGGUUACUUCUGCGUCAUGCACGCCCAUAGUGUGGUCGUUGAGAUGCAGUUCCACAAGCUGCUCGAGACCACCGACAAGGCCACCAAGAAGAAGAAGCUCAACCCCACCUUCGUGAAGAACAACACCCUCGUCACCGCCCACCUCAAGGUCUCGUCGCCCAUCUGCCUGGAGGUGUUCGACACGUGCCAGCAGCUGGGAAGGUUCACCGUGCGCGACGAGGACAAGACUAUCGCUGUGGGCAAGGUGCUCAAAAUCGUCAACACGGAAUGA